AUGGGUAUAUCAGUCGGUACAAUGAUUAUGGGAAGAAUAUUAGAUGAUCAAGAAGAUCUCAAAGAAUCUAAAUCAUUUGAAUUAGAUUUAACACAACCAGUAAUACCAUUCGAAUCACCUCAAUGGGGAAAUUACGUUGUUGGUGUCUUAGCUUUAUUUUUAGAACUACCUAUUGGUAGUGGUCUUAGUUCAUCAGCAUCAAUUGAAGUUGCUAUGUCUUUAUUAUGUUGUAAAGCUGAACAAACGUAUGGAAAUGUACCAUGUGGAAUUAUGAAUCAAUAUACAUCAUGUUUAGCUAAAGCUGAUCAUGUUAUAUUAAUUGAUUGUCAAAAUAAUACAUCAAGAUAUGUUUUAUUUAAUGAUAAAAAUUUAUGUAUAUUAGUAACAAAUUCAAAUGUCAAAUAUGAUUUAGUCUCAGAAAAAUUUGCUGAAAAUGUUGGACAGUGUCAAUAUGCUGCUAAAAUUUUAGGUCAUCAAACUUUACGCGAUGUUGCAUCAAUUGAUGAAUUCAAACAAGCACGUGACAAAAUGUCACCAGUUACAUAUCGACGUGCACAUUAUGUUAUAACUGAAAUGCAACGUACACAAGCUGGUGCACAAGCUUUAGAAAAUAGAGAUUAUAAUGAAUUUAGUCAUCUUAUGUAUGAAAGUCAUGAAUCAUUGCGUAAAUAUUUUGAAGUAUCCUGUGUUGAAUUAGAUCAACUUGUUGACUUAGCACGUUCAGUUGAUGGUGUUUUUGGUUCACGUAUGACUGGUGCUGGAUUUGGUAGUUGUACAGUAACAUUAGUAAAAAAAUCAUCCAUUGAAAAAUGUAUGAAAACAAUUAACAAUAAUUAUAAAGAUAAAGCAAGUUUUUUAUCAAUUUGA